UUGUUGUGGUGACGCGCCAGGCGGGCAAUGAGUCAGCGGUAGCGACAAUUUCUCCGGACGUGGAAGUACUGAUCUCACUGUAAAAAUACUCGUCCUAGUUACUGAUUUUGCCUAGAAAAAAUGGCGGUUCCUGCAGCCCCAGAUCUGCAGAUGAUCACGGAAACACAAAGCGGCCCGGUGAAUAGCCCUGAAAAUAACAUUGAAAUCGACGAGAGAGAAUUGGAAAACAUAACAAACGAGGAAGACGGAACUGCGCUCCCUUUGCAUUCUCCGUGGACUUUUUGGCUUGAUAGGUCCUUACCUGGGACAACAGCAGCAGAAUGCGAGUCAAACCUGAAAAAAAUCUACACCGUGCAGACUGUUCAGUGUUUCUGGAGUGUUUACAACAAUAUUCCUCCAGUGAGCUGCUUACCACUGAGAUGUAGCUAUCACUUAAUGCGCGGAGAACGGAGGCCACUGUGGGAAGAAGAAAGUAACGCAAAGGGUGGAGUCUGGAAAAUGAAAGUCCCAAAAGAAAGCACCUCUGCCGUAUGGAAAGAGUUGCUACUUGCUACCAUUGGAGAGCAGUUUGCAGAUUACUGCGCAUCAGAUGAUGAAGUUGUUGGCGUCAGUGUCAGUGUUCGAGAUCGAGAAGAUGUAGUCCAAGUCUGGAACGGAAAUGCUUCUUUUGCAAGUGAAGCGAAUGUUUUAGGAAAGAUAUAUGAACUCCUCCCAGAAAUAUCUUUCAAAGCAGUAUUUUAUAAACCUCAUGAGGAACAUCAUGCUUUUGAAGGAGGGCGUUCAAGACAUUAACUGCUAGUUGUUUUACACCUGGUUUUUGUUUUGUUUUGCUUUUGGAUUAAGCAUAGAUAUUGGACUUUUCCCUUGCUUAAACACUACUCUUUCUCUUCAGUUUCCUUUAAUGAUCAUUUUACAAACAUCUCAGUCACAGAAAAUUUAGAGAAUAUUACAGAUAUAUUUUUAUAGAUUUAAUGGCUCAAAUUUCAGACCGUGGACUUUUUUUCCCCAUCUUUCUGUACUUGCACUGCAGAGUAUUUGGACAAAACCUUUGAAUUGAGCAGGCCAUAUUGGGUUUUUGUAAUGAUGUAGAAUAGCAAGUUUUAUGUGAAUUGAUUUGGCCUUGUCCUCUCAGCCAUGUCAUUGCUUGCGUAAGUUUGUCUUUAAAAAGAGACAAUGCCUUCACUGAACACAAUGCCUCCUCAUUCUCACUGCCUCACCUACUGCUCUUUGUGUUCUGCUGGAUGUAUCUCUACCUUUCGCAAACAUUAAUGUCCUGUACCUUUUUCCAAAUGAACACUGAGCUUGCUAGAACUUUUCAUCAGCAGCUGUCCACUGUGUUUACAGUAUGGUAAAUGGGUUUAUUCUAUGUGUGGUACCAGGUGAUUUGACAUAUUUGCAGUGAUUACGCCUCCAGCGGAGCUUUUGUGCAAUAGAGACAGCAAAUGAUCUUUUAAGCCUGUGUAAAGUCCAGGUUAAUCUAGCAUCACGUCACUCACGUUGUUCUCGUAGAAAGAUUGCGAUAUUACGUAGCCUUCUGUCCAAUAUACAGUGUUUAAUUUGACAAUUGUAUUCGCACGUAAAUUGCGGUUUGAUUUUCUGACCAUCUGUAAGAGGUCGAUACGUUGCACAAUAUCACUUUCAGUUUAGACAUUGCUAUUGUUUCUAAAAUUGUAAUAUAUAUCAUUUAAAACUGUGAACCGUCUUCUUGCAAGAGUGAGAUGGACUUCUGUUGCUAUCAUCCCCACUAUUUUAGUAUUGCAGCUUUGAAUGGAAAGCUAGAGAAAUGAUGCAGUCACAUGUUCAUUGUAAAAUAUACCACUAGGUCUUGUAUAGCAUUUUUGUGAAAUAGUUCUUAUUUAAAUCACACUUUUUUAGCACCCCUUGUCUUUAUGUAGUGUUUUCAUGGAUGACAGUUAUAGAUGGAUACUACACAUAGAAUGAAUAAUUUAACUUACUGGAAGUGACACAAGUUCCAUAAAUGUUAUUUGUCUGCAGGCUGUAUUGUUUUCCCCUGCUGUUACAUUACUCUUACUGGAAGAUCAUGCUGCCCUCUGCUGUUGAAUCAGUGACUGUUGUUCUGAAACAGAUUUGUAUUUUUAAAUAUUUGUAUUUCAAAUAAAAUAAAUAUGAUGGACAAA